AUGACUGAUUCUUCUGUUAAACACUGAGUAGAAUAGGGAAACUGAAAAGUACUUUAGAUAUUCUGAGUAUUUAAUGUCGGAAUUUAGUACAGCGCAUUUGUACAUUUUCAUGAUGGGCAGGACCAAAGGCAGUGGAUGCUCUGGGAGAGGCGUGAUUAUACUGUGCAUGCUUGCUGCUGGGGACACUGCUAUUAUCCCAGACAUGCCUACUGUUGUUUUGCUUGUCAUUAGUAGACUGUAGUGUAUAUCUGUGUAUUGGUGUGGUGUAAGGACUGUUCAAACCAGGUAUUACAGGAUCAGCUGGAAAGUACAUGGGUAGACCUGGUAAGAGUGGAAAUAUUUCAGUCAUGCAUUAUUAUGUCCGUGUUAAAAUCACUCACCCAUCAGUCUUGCUGUAAACAGUAUGCUUAUUGGACAUGUGUUGGCUUGGUCUUGAGUAGGCACAACUUUGAUGCUGAAACACCAGGCUGGAGGUCUGUUACAGGGUGGCCAACUUUUGUCAGCUGGCUGGAGUGAGAUUUUCAAUUCAAGACACAUGCACAAGCAUUUACCCCGGCGCUUUUGAUGUAGCUAAUUUUAGGUUUAUAAUGGAAUAAUAUAGAUUUACCGUAAGAUCUCUUGUGUGAGAUGUGUGGGAGUAGGUAACCUUGCUCUAAGAUAACUUGAAAAUCAAUGUCCACCGAGUUUAUGGGCGUGAGCCAUUAUCUCAGGAAGCACAGGGUGGGUCCACUGCAAAGAACCAGCAGGAUGAGCCCUCAAAUACUGCUUGAAAAACUGGAAGAAUGACUGGAAGCUUUGGCGGGCAGCCAUGUCAAACACAAAGCAUGCAGUGUUUCCGUGUGUCCACAAAAACUGAGCAUGUGACUAUCCACUCUGUUGUAGGUGAUAAUUCUGUCUUACUCUCCCCAGUAAAUAUUUGCCUGGAAAUUGACAAUUGGGAAAAGUUCAAGUGUGAAUUUUCACUGGAGGAAAUAAUUGCCAUUGAUCAAUCUUGCCAGUUUAAUGAAUAAAUUUAAUGAAUUAAUUGAUAAUGAAUCAAUUAAUUUAACAAGUACAUAACCUGCAAUACACUUCCAUAAUACGAAAACUAUAAGAUGUAUACAAUAUACAUUUUUUACAGAUAUUCAGUGAUGCCCCCCCCCCAACUCUGGCCAGAAUAAUCCGUUGGAAUAUUGAUGGAAAUAUCUAACAUAAUCCCACCACUCGGUGGCAGCAGAACAAAGGUUGUCUGUGUUUAUUUUCAAGUGUAAUGUUGCCAGAACCUAUGAUCAGUUUAAUUUUGGGUAGGAGUGCUGCAGCAUGGGUGGUUUGGUGGGUAGCAGUGUCGUAACACUGUCUCCAGGCCUGGGGCUUUCAACCUAUCUUGUGUGUGUCUUUUUCUGCGUCUGUCUGUGGUUUUCACGUUCUCCUUGUUUCAAACGGAUUUCUUACCUCACUCCAAAGACAUGCAGUAAAUCUAACAGGUAUCUGCCCCUAAUUUCUCGUGCAUGUGCGUGAGCUCUGACUGUCUGGCUUCUCUUUAUGUUGUGCACUGUUACCUGGAAUAGUUUGCAGCCACCUAGUGGUGAGUAUGUAGCUUAGCACUACAAGAACCACAUUCAAAUAUCUAUUAAAAUUGAAUCGCUUAAGACAUAUAUUUUAUUUUUUCCAUCUCUGUAACCUCUCUAUGUGUAUAUGAAUGCAGUGUUGAACUCUGCAAGUAUCUAUAACACUGUGACAUCACAGCCGAGAACAGGAGCCUGACGGUGAAACAGGCCCUUAGCUGCCACCUUGGUGAACAGCUGUGGGCGUGAAGCUUCAAUUACAGCCUGCUGGAGUGGGCCCGCAGUGAAAUGACUUACAUACUGCACCAAACUUUUAAAUAACAACUCAGACACAACUGCGCAAAUCCCUCUCGAAACUUUCUUUGAGGUCGAGUCAAAGUGAAGAGCAGGUAGGAGAGCUUAAUUGCUGAAGAAUAAGACAUAAUGUGAAAAAGUUUUAGAGUUCCACAGAUUAGGGCAUGAUCCUCAUCAUUAUUAUAUCCACAAAGGAUGAACUGAGAACUGAUACAAUUCAGAAAUACGAUUUUUUUUCAACACCAAAUAUAAAGCCAGGAAGAAAGUAACUCUGAGAGUAGUCACAGGAUAAAGCCAGUAGAAAACAGAACAUACCCACACACACAGGGCUAAAUAAAACAAUAACAAAUUGAAAAAACAUGCGUUCCAUUCUUUGUGGCUCCGUCAGACGUUAAUCUGAAGCACAGUAGAAUCUGUUGGGCUCAUGGUCGCUUUGAUGAUGUUCCUGCUGUUUGCCAAUGAGGAUGAUCAUGACGAAGGCCAUGACGUUGACAAUACCGGCAAGUUUGACCUCUCCUGCAUUUCUGGCUUCUCUAAGUGAACCCCCGCACCCACCCUUGAUAAUAGAAAUUCAGGCUAUAUUUGGACCCUGUGAUGUCACAAGUAGUUUAGGCAGGAUGCUAUAACUGAGCAGGCAGUAUAUGCAAGCCAGAAAUACCAGAGACAACACAAGUGCCCUGCUGGGAAGGCUGGUGGAUCUCAUCCCCACGGAUUAGUGUAACAUCAGUUUGGGUUUACCAUAAAGAAAGAACAUGUGUCACCCGAAGCUGCCCGCUUUCUUCCUCGCGCUGUCCCUGGUGCUGCGCUGUGUUACAGCUGCUCCCAACAACUGGUACUCGGUUUCGUCCAGUGAACUGACGGAUCCCCGACCAGAAGGCUGGAUAUCCCCCGGGUUUUCAACCAACCCCUUCCUAAAAUUGGAUAAUCCGUUACCCCAGGAGGGUCUAACGGCAGUCAACAGGCACCACAUACAGAAGCGGAGGUGCAACACGGCCACGUGUGUCACCCAGCGGCUCGCCGACUUCCUGAUCCGAUCCAGUAACACCAUCGGCACGGUGUACGCCCCUACCAAUGUCGGCUCCAACACUUACGGCAAGAGGGAGCUGCUGGCAUCCAUCGGCAACCAAGGUCUUUAGUCCAGGAUAUAGCUGCAGGAACUAUUUCCCGCAAUGGUCACGCGUAGUACAUUAACUUUAAACUAUAAUAAUAAUCAUCUGUUCUAGUUUCCGUUUAGCUGUUUGUUGAUGGUUUGCCCUGAUUUUAUUUCAUUUUAUUUCACCGUCAUUGGUCGGCUUUGUUCAUCCAGCGCGUCAUACCAUUACCAUACUGGCUCCAGCAAUCAACCAAAAACUGUCUAGAUUUAGCAUGACUUUACAAUGACGUGUGUGUGAAAUGUACCGAACAAAGAAUAUGUAAACUGGGCCAAUUAUAUAUACCUAGAAAUAAACAGCAUUGUUUGAUUUUGUAAUAAAACUGAGUAUUUCAAA